GUUAGCAGCAUCAAACUUGAAACUAUCGACACAAGCGAAAUAUAUAUCUCGUCUGUAAUAUAAUUAAUGUGUAAUCCUCAUAAAAAUUUCAACAAUAGAUCUUCUUCAUAUAUUUAUUAUAAUAUUCAAGUGAAACUAUUUAUCUUGAAAAUCAUUUCGGAUAUUUAACACUUUUAAGGUAUCAAUAAUAGCAAAAUAAAAAAAUCUGACUUCGGUCAUUUUUACGAGUGCAAUAGUUCAGUAUUAAUUAUAGCUUGAUGUAGUUAUAAUUAAGAUAUAGGGCUAUUUAAGUUUUAUGUUGAAUUAUUAAACAUACUUUAACUACACAACCCACUACAACAAUUUAGGACAAGAUUGCUGUUGAUACUAUACAAUCCACUUUUCAAAAUUCAUUGCAUCCAUUUAUCGACUUUAAAAAUUAAUCCCGUAUUCGGGACAACUCUACUUUUUUCACCUGCAUGCACAAUUAUAAUUGUACAAUAUAAUAUAUUAUUUAAUUACAAUUAUAUAAUUGUAAUAAUUAUUACCCGCUGCGAAGUAGUAGCAUCUUUUAAUACUCCGAAUUCUUCAUCACUUUGCUGGUAUUUCCCAAAAGUCAGAGUACUGUCCACCCAUAUUUUACCGAUAAAUGUACGAAUUUUUCUUAGGUAUCGAAGUUUUUCAGUUGCACUACUUCGGGAAUGUAAUCGGGAAUCGUAAAUUAUUUGGGAGAUGAUACAUUCAAUGUCUUGAAGGCACAGUAGUUUUAAUAAAAUUUAAAUAAUCUACGGUAAUUCUAAUGAACAUAAAUAACGUAUUUAAAGUAAAAAUGCAUUAUGCAGAAGAAGUGACAUGUAAGGGAGAUGUAUGGUGGGGACCGGAGACGGGUCGAAUCUGCGUUCUAAGCUCAUCUUCACUUUCACUUUAACUAGUUCAAUGAAGGAUAUGCACAUCUCAAUGUAAACUAGUAACAUCAAUAAAUUACUGAGACAUUAUAUUUGAGCGUUCGUAUAUUUCAUUAGAAAAAAUAAUGUACUUAAAUAAAGUACCGCAAAUAUGUUUCAUAUAUACAUUUCUUAUUGUGCAUGCCACUUCGGAAACGUUUAAAAUCCUUAAUCCAAUUAGAACAAAUUUUUCAUGCUUGGAUAAGACUGCUGGAUUUUAUGCAGAUAUUGAUGCCAGAUGUAAAAUAUAUCAUACUUGUGAUGAAUAUGGAAAUAAAUUUACCUAUCGCUGCCCAGAAGAAACUGCUUUUCGACAAGAUGCUUUAAUAUGUGACCAUGCUCACCUUGUCGAUUGUCAAAAAACCAAUUCUUUUCAUGUAGAAAAUGUAAAAAAUAAGUACAAUGACUCUUCUUGUAUAAGAGGGUCCAUAAAUAAUAACAAUUGUGAAUACUUUUUUCAAUCAUCAAGAGGAACACAACCAAGAAAAACAGAUAGUGUAGUACAACAUGGAUUUACAUUGAAUUUACAUAGGUUCCUAAAAAAUAUUAAUGAAGGAAAUGUUAGCAGAGAUAAUACAAUGAAAUUAUUUCCUUCGCAAACAGAAAAGUUUCAAAACCAAGUUGGAUCAAGGACAAACGAAAAUUUUUUUAUAGUAAGUCAACCUUUUAACAAAAAUAAAAUCAAUGAAAAGAAAGAAUCUAAUCAAGAAGAUCAUUUCAAUAAAAAAACAAAUAUUACUUUGCAUAAUUUUCUAAAAUUACCGGGACAAACAUUACCUAAAAGCAUUCAAGAUCAACAAAAUAACAGGAACAAUAAUCAAAUCGCGAAAACUUCAGAUGUUUCAGAUGUAUUGUUUGAUAAUAAUAGAAAUCAUCCUUAUAUAAAAACUUUAAACUCUAUACAGAAAAGUACAAAAGUAUCUUCGCCUGGAAUUAAUACUAUUGUGGCAAAUACUACAGAGAUACCUAUAUAUGCUCUAACUUUAUCUUUGAAACCAUUGAUACCAAGAGAAUUAGAAUAUGAUCCUUACUAUCCAAAAAUUACAUCAACAGAAUCAUAUUAUACGCCAAGUCACAACAAUAAAAAAUUGCCACGUGUUGAAGCUUCUUCUCAAAGCACAUGGUCUAAUACUCAUAUUGAGUUUCCAUCUGUUUUACCAGAUUUGCGAUCAUUAGAAGAUAUUGUUGAUCGAAGGAAAUUACUUUAUAUCCCUCGAAUUCAAUUUAAUUAAUUAAGAUACUUUUCCUUAGUUAUAAUAUUUAGAAUUAAUAAAGAAUCACCAAGUUUUGCAUUGAUUUUUUAAAUGAACCUUUAAUAAAAUACCUGUACCUUCUUUGAAGGCAUCUAACUGAUAGUUUAUAUAAUAUUUACAAUUAAAAUUAUAUUUUACUUACUAUAUACACAAAAAUUAAUUUAUGUUUUAUAUUGUUUACAAUUCAAUAAUGUAAGAAAAUUAAUAUAAAUAGUGCAAAGAAUUAUGAUACUCU